AUGAAACCCAAGUCCUUGUCUCCUAUCCCAAAACCACAUCCUCCAGUUGUAGGUGAGGUGACCCACCACAGCAUUCAACUCUCUUGGGAUUUGGAAAAUACAGCACAAAGAAAAGGACCUCAAGAGCAAUGGCUAAAGAUGUCAAUUGAAGAAGAGGACCCCAGAUUACAUACCUAUGGUACCAUUUAUACGGGCUAUGCUAGACAACAUGUCAUAGAAGGUCUUCAGCCAAGAACGACCUACAGAUUUCGACUAAAGAUCACUAGUCCUACAGGGGAGUGUGCUUAUAGUCCAGCUGUCUCAGUAUCCACUACAAGAGAGCCGAUGAGCGGAGAGCAACUUCAUCGAGCUGUCAGUAUGAAUGAUGUAGAGGCAGUUCUUAAAAUUCUUCAGGGAGGACAUGUGAAGGUGGAUGUUCCUGAUAAACUAGGCUUUACUGCUCUGAUGGUUGCUUCGCAGAAAGGAUAUGAUAGGCUUGCGAAAAUAUUGGUACAGAAUGGAACAGAUGUAAAUCAGAAGAAUGGAAGUGGAAAGGACAGCCUAAUGUUAGCUUGUUUUGCUGGUCACCUGGAUAUUAUUAAAUACCUCAGAGAACAAGGAGCUUCUUGGGAAGUCAGAGAUCUGGGAGGUUGUACAGCUUUGCACUGGGCUGUGGAUGGAGGACAUUGUGAGGUUAUUGAAUGGAUGAUUAAUGAUGGCUGUCAGGUAGAUACUAAAGAUACAUGCUUAGAAUGGACACCAUUGAUGAGAGUUUCUGCAGUAACAGGGAAUAAGGAUGUGGCAUCUCUUUUAAUUGAAGCAGGAGCAGAUGUGAAUAUGAAAGAUAAAGAUGGCAAAACACCUUUAAUGGUGGCAGUAUUAAAUAACCAUGAAGAGUUGAUUCAGUUGCUGCUGGAUAAAGGAGCAGAUGCUACUGUUAAAAAUGAGUAUGGCAAAGGUCUUCUAGAAAUGGCUAGAGGUUUUCACAGACACAGCGUGGUCACCUUGUUAGAAGAAAAUAAGAGAAAAUUAAAUGAGAACACCAGUUUUCCUCCACCAGUUCUUGGCUCACAGGCACGUGAGAAGCCAAAUCUUCUUUUUAAUCAGAAAAGCAUUCCUAGUACUUUCCAGGGCAAAGAUAAUGUCUGCAGUGAAAAUUCUGUUCUCUUAAUCCAGCCUUUCAAAAAACUGUAA